CCGCGUGGGCGUCUCUAGUAGUGAGCCGAGGAAAGUCUUGGGAGCUGAGUCACAAGAGAGGCCGGCGGGUCAGUCGCUCCUUUUCCUAUCCCCGCGAGGCAAAAAGGAGCCGCGGGAAGGACGAGCCGAAGAGAUGUUGCUUUGGGGAGCCGUUCUGGGACUUUUCCCCUUCCUGCUCAGGAUGGCCUCGGGAGAGCCGAUCCCAGCUGUGUGCCCUGGAGGCCAGUCCUGGAGUCCAGACCUGGAGAAAUGCAUGGAUUGCUCUGUUUGCCAGCAUCAAAACAAGAAUGACUUUUGCUCCACAUGCGGAGACCCCCAGCCCCCAGAUACAUUCAAUAUGUGGCUUUUGGUGGGUGCAUCGCUGGGGGCCGUAGUUCUGGCAGGUUUCAUAGGUGGCAUCAUAACCUAUGCCCGUUGCCGGCGGCGGGAGAAAUUUACCACCCCAAUCGAAGAGACUGGAGGCCAUUCAGCUCAGGAAUCACUGAUACACUGAAGAUCUUUUUGGCCGACAUUUCAAAUGCAAGAGACAGAGAAAAGUUCAACCUCUUCCAUUACCUCUGACUUUUCCUGAAGAAGCCGGAAAGGACAUUUUUCUUCUGCCCUGGAAUUGUGGGACAUUAUACUUUUGCACACGCAGAAACACACACACACACUUUAGGGGACAAUGUGGCAUGAGGUCUUCCUCUGCCCUCUUACCUUGUAUACAUUUCGGGGAGGGAGGAAGUAUUGUUUGUCCCUUUUGUAAAGGCACAUCAACCUAAUUUUUUCCAGUGUUUGGGGAGGAGCAAAAAGGGUAUCUUUUUUUCCUUUUUUUUUUAAUGCCUCAGGAUCUAAUGCCCCAUAUUGGGGUGAUGUAAUUUCAUGCUGGGGUACAAGCUGUGGGGGGAACUUUGCCGCUCCCAAAUCCUCCCAGCUGGGUCACUUUCUGCUAAGGAAGGUCACGGCAUCUUCUGUGCCUUUUCCCUCUGUGGAGCAUUUUAGGGCAAAGAUGAAUGUGAUUUUUAGAUUAUCUGUAUAUAGAGAGGUAUAUUUGGGUGCUAAGGCUCUCCAGGAGAGGAGCAGGGACUACUUUUUCAACCGAGCCUCUUGUGCGGCUUUCUCUUCUCGGUGGCUGGGCCACCACGUGAAAAAGACGAGGAGCCACCACUUAAGUAGGAUCUCCGCUGACGUUGGUUCUUCCCCCACCUCCGACUCCCCUGACCUUGGUGCUCAUGUAGAGAGACCACUAUUUAUAUCUUCUACUCUAACAAGAGAUGAUUAAUUUUAUGGGUGUGAUUUUCAGGCUUGGGGAGGGGAGGGGAGUGGCAUGUUGCUUCAUGAACUAGAGUUUAUGGAUUUAAAUAAAAAUAGUAAUUCUUAAUGAAACAGAAGGGGC